AACCGACUGUAAGAAAACAUCAGAGGGAUGCAGGAGAAGCUUACAUUUCAUCGAGAAACGUACCUGGCUGCGUUAAGCCAGCCAGAAGAGGUAUGAUUUAUUAACAGUUAAAAGUAUCCACAGACGAUGCACAUUAUUAUUUUAUAGUGUACAAAAAAUAUUGAGCGUUUUUUGUGUAAGGUGUUUAAUCCACAAUAUGCAGGGUGGCCACCGACAUAUUCUUCUCAUUUUCACUCAUGCUUUAGGCCUGUGACCAUUCUGACAGUAUGGGAUAUCGUGUAAUGUGUGCAUUUUUUUCAGAAACGUGUCUGAAAAUGUCCUCAAACCCCCAGAGGAUGUAACGCCGAUUUGCUCGUUGGAAGGCAUACAUUGCACUGUAAAGUACGGUAUAGAGUAUCACGGCAUUUUCAAGAGCAAGUUCAAUCUACGAUCUGGUCUACCAAGAUCUGACACAUGUUCGUAUUGUGAAAAACUGUUUAUGAAACUUUGUUCAACUGAUGACGCUAAUGAAAAGAAAAAAAUUGAAAUCGAGAGUGAAAUCCACCAUAGAAAAGCUGUAGCGGGUUAUAAAACAUUGAAAGAUGAUACCGAGACCUCUAAACUCAAUCCCAAUUAUGUUGUAUUAUGCACAGAUCUGCAACAAGUGCUUUUUCGUCCCAAUUUGACACAUUCAUCUGUAUUCUACCAAAGGCAAUUCUCAACAUAUAACUAUGCUGUUCAUAAUAUGGGGGAGGAAAACACAACAAUGUUACUAUGGCAUGAAGCAAUGGCACACCGGGGAUCUACAGAGAUGGCUUCAGCACUACUAUUCUAUAUUACUAACAAGUAUAGCCGCCUCAAACCAGGUGAAGAAAAAAACUAG